AGGAGCGCCUCCCCAGGACCCCCGGAAAGGCCCCCGGGACGGUGCGCGCCGCUGGGGCUGCAGGAGGCGCUGAGCGCGCUGGGGCUGCAGGGAGAACGCGAGUACGCGGGGGACAUCUUCGCCGAGGUCAUGGUGUGCCCUGCGCUGCCCCAGAUGGCCCUGCCCCGCACCGUGACCCCAGAGAUGCGAGCUCUAGUGGUGGACUGGCUGGUCCAGGUGCACGAGUUCCUGGGCCUGGCGGGGGACACGCUCUACUUGGCUGUGCACCUGCUCGAUUCCUACCUGCGCUGCAGCCGGGUGCGCCUACACCGCCUGCAGCUGCUGGGCACGGCCUGCCUGUUCGUGGCGUGCAAGAUGGAAGAGUGCGUGCUUCCCGAGCCCGCCGCCCUCUGCCUCCUGGGCGCUGGCUCCUUCUCCCAGGCCGAGCUGCUGCGAGCCGAGCGCCGCAUCCUGAGCCGCUUGGAUUUCCGACUGCACCACCCGGGUCCACUCCUCUGCCUGGAGCUACUGGCUGCCCUGGCAGGGAGCAACCCCCAGGUGAUGCUCCUUGCCGCCUACUUCCUGGAACUCUCUCUACUGGAGGUCGAGGCCGCUGGGUGGGAGCCCAGUCGCUGCGCAGCGGCGGCGCUGAGCCUGGCGCGCCGUGUGCUCCACGUGGCGGGUUCUGGGUUGGAGCCGGCACUUUACAGCCCCGCGGAGUUGGGCCCGCUGGAGCCGUGCAUGGCCCGCGCGGUGCUCCGAGGCCCCGCACCCGGCCGUGCUGCCAUCUUCCUGAAGUACGCGAGGCCCCAGCGUCGGGGCACCAGCCUCUUCGCCGCCCGCCUGCUCCGCUGUCCCCAGCCGGGGCCCCCCUGAGCCCCGACACCCCAUCAAAAAAGUCUCAGUGUGUGUCCGUUUCCCACUUCAAUAAAAGAGUUUCUUUUA